AGAGCCUGUAGUCCUGCGUUACGCGGUUAGGGAUGGUCCGUUACUCCAAAUCCAGAACAUAAACAAGACUAGUAGCAGCACGUUUGUACCAGGCAGUGUACCCAUUCACUCACCAUCUCCCCGGAACAGCUGAUGGCGGUGUGUAUGCACCAGGCUAGUACUUCAAAUGGUGUGACAUCGUGAAAUCUUUCACAUAUGUAAAGGGAAAUACAUAAAUCAUUACGCAAUAAGGCUAUUCUCUUUGUGAUGUGACAUGAAUAAGUAUAACCUGCAGAGGGUCUGACAGCAAAAUGGCUGGCGUGGCAAGAAGAUUCUCCCGAGUAGUCUUGGGGAUAUCAGGUGGUGUGGACAGUGCUGUGGCUGCUCUUCUCCUCAAGAAAAAAGGAUAUGAAGUGACAGGGUUGUUUAUGCGUAACUGGGACGAGAGGGAUGAAAGGGGACACUGCAAUGGAGAUGCUGAUGCAGAGGAUGCUGAAUGGGUGUGCCGCAAAUUGGAUAUUCCUUUCCAUGAAGUGAAUUUUGUUAAGGAGUAUUGGAAUGAUGUUUUUAUGUAUUUGAUAGAAGAAUACAAGGCAGGUUUUACACCAAAUCCAGACAUCAUGUGUAAUAAGAAGGUGAAGUUUUCAGCUUUUCUCAAAAAUGCUCAAGAGAUUCAUAAUGCAGAAGUUAUUGCAAUGGGACACUAUGCACGAAGCUCCUUUGGCGAGGAAUUGGAAAACUAUGACAUCAGGAAAGGAGCAAGACUACUCCAGAGCUUUGAUCGUAUCAAGGAUCAAACAUUCUUUCUCAGCCAGAUUCCCCAGAAAGCUCUCCAGUGCACACUUUUCCCUAUUGGAGACUACAACAAAGCUGUGGUGCGCAAGAUAGCGGAGAGUGCAAACCUGCAUCAUGUCGCAGAGAAACGAGACUCCACAGGGAUUUGCUUCAUUGGAGAAAGAAAAUUUCAGGAUUUUAUAUCAGAAUAUGUUGAUGACAAGCCUGGCAACUUCAUUGACCUGGAGACUGGGAAAGUAGUGGGCUCUCACAAAGGAUUGCACCAGUGGACUGUAGGACAGAGGUGUAAUCUUUCACCUUUUCCUGUACCCUAUUAUGUUUGUGAGAAGAAUGUUGAAACUAAUGACAUUAUUGUGGUGUCUGGAACGGAUCAUCCAGCAUUGUUUACCUCUGUCCUCUUUACUGAGCCUGUAUACUGGAUUCACAGUCCUCCAUCACAGCUAUACUCCCAAGGACAGUUGGAAUGUCUUUUUCGGUUCCAGAACACUGCCAAACUCGUUCCAUGUGUCAUAACUUCUGACGAUGCCAAUCCUUGGCAUCGUUCUCCUACACAAAAUAACAUGGUUGUUAGUUUGGCUCAGCCUCUUCGUGCCAUAACUCCUGGACAGUAUGCAGUCUUUUAUCUUGGAGAUGAAUGUCUAGGAUCAGCUCGCAUCCUUCGCCCAGGACCCUCAUUAUACACACUUAAUUUUCAGGAUUGUAGAAGCAAAAUCUCAAAAGAGAGAGAAAGGCAGCCAUCUCCUAAGCAUGGAGACUAACUCAUGGAAGAUGUAAAUAGUAAGAAGGAUUGGUACUAAACUUUAGUUUUAAAUGAUUCUUGUCUUGUAAAUUCAAAACCAAUUGUAAAUAAAUUUACUUUUUAUCUUUUCAUUAUUUAAUGAAAUGACUUUUAA